AUGUUCAUGCUAACGACGUUCUCUGAUCUGGUUCAAAUUCCACCUUACGAGUUCUACAAGAAGAACCGGGAUGAGAUUGAGGACAAAAUCAACGAGAAAUAUGCGAACAAGGUCGUGCCCAAGGUCGGCUUUUGCAUCUGCAUGUACGAUUUGUUGAAAGCGUCGGAUGGACUCAUUGGACACGGCACCGGCAACGCCAAUGUCAAGGUCGAGUUCCGAAUGAUUGUCUUUCGCCCUUUUAAAAACGAAAUUAUCAACGCAGAAGUCAAGAUCUGCACGCCAGAAGGCAUUCAAGUGUCUACUCGAUUCUUCGAUGACAUCUACGUACCUAAGACGAUGCUCUUUGAUGAGUGUGUCUACGUGGAUGCAGAGAAGGUAUGGGUGUGGAAAACGCCCGAGAACGAGUACUUCUUUGAUCCAGGCACAGUGGUAAGGGUCCGCGUAGAGAGGGAGACCUGGAAUAGUCAGAGCGAUACAUCCACCACAGCAUUGGCUGAGAAUGCGGACGCCAGAGCUCGUGCCCAGGCGCCGUACAGCAUCGAGGCCUCUAUUGCAGAAGCGGGCCUUGGAGGAGAGGAAUGGUGGUGA